ACAUGGGUGCGUCGCGCGGUCACGCUGUUGGAUCUGCUGUCACGAGCCUUAUCCAAGCCGCGGAGUGGAGGCUAGAGCAUUAGAACGGACAUAAAUUAUACAGCAUAUUUUAUCAACCAACUUUAGUGCGUGAUAAAGAGAGCCGGGCUAUCAUUUCAUAUCGCUGGUUGGCUAUUAGGACCGUCUACUGUGCUAUUCCGGUCAACUGGUGAUGUAUUCCAGUAUUUGAAUGAUAUUGCUAGCCAGCUAGCUAGCUAGCUGUUAAGCUAGCUUUGCGGUGCUUGACUCGAAGUAACUUAACGUUAUAUUCUCGGGCGUUGUUUUCAUUAACACAUCUGACUGCAUUUACCUGAGAGACAUCCGAACAGCUGGUGGUCUUAACCUCAGUGUAUUGUUACUCUAGGUGUUGUGCGCGUUGCUUCUAAUCCUAGCUAAAUAGGGAUUGAAUGAAAUAACGUUAGCUUGCCAUAGCCAGCGGAAACGAGCCAGUUAACAGGGAUAACGUUAACUUAUCCUGCUGCUGGUUGAUCCACCGCCAUCCAGCUAAUCUAGCAAAUGCGAUCCGAGCUAGCCACCCACAAGCUUACAGUUACCUUGGUAGGCAACAGUCAAUCUUAAAGUUGUAGUGAACGGCAGGAACUGCGAAGUAGCUAGCUACCACUGAACGUCAAGUUGGCCAUCUUCCACUCCAGCCCAGUGUUAAAAGCUGACCGACGUCAGUUCAUUUUUACGGAUAAGGCCGGAGUGAGGACAGAAACCUGCAAAAAUGCCGGCUGUGUCGAAAGGAGAUGGAAUGCGCGGAUUAGCCGUUUUCAUUUCGGACAUUAGAAACUGUAAGAGCAAGGAAGCUGAGAUCAAGCGGAUUAAUAAAGAGCUGGCCAACAUUCGCUCCAAGUUUAAAGGGGACAAGGCUCUUGAUGGCUACAGCAAGAAGAAAUACGUCUGUAAGCUGCUCUUCAUCUUCCUGCUCGGCCAUGACAUUGACUUUGGACACAUGGAGGCAGUCAACCUGCUGAGCUCCAAUAAGUACACAGAGAAACAGAUUGGCUACCUAUUCAUCUCAGUACUGGUGAACAGCAACAGUGAGCUUAUACGUCUGAUUAACAAUGCCAUCAAGAAUGACCUGUCCAGCCGCAACCCCACCUUCAUGUGCCUGGCGCUGCACUGUAUCGCGAAUGUGGGAAGCCGCGAGAUGGCUGAAGCCUUUGCUAGUGAGAUCCCUCGGAUCCUGGUUGCUGGUGAUACCAUGGACAGUGUGAAACAGUCAGCUGCUCUGUGUCUGCUGCGGCUCUAUAAGACCUCUCCUGACUUGGUGCUGAUGGGUGAGUGGACAUCCCGCGUGGUACACCUGCUUAACGACCAACACAUGGGUGUGGUUACAGCAGCCAUCUCUCUCAUCACCUGUCUGAGUCAGAAGAAUCCAGAUGAGUUCAAGACCUGUGUUUCCCUGGCCGUUUCCCGACUUAGUAGGAUUGUGUCGUCGGCCUCCACUGACUUACAGGAUUACACCUACUAUUUUGUCCCUGCACCGUGGCUCUCCUGCAAGCUGCUGCGCCUGUUGCAGUGCUAUCCUCCACCAGAAGAUGGUGCCGUCAAGGGCCGUUUGGUAGAGUGUCUGGAAACCAUCCUUAAUAAGGCCCAGGAGCCACCGAAGUCCAAGAAGGUGCAGCAUUCCAAUGCCAAGAAUGCUAUCUUGUUUGAGGCUAUCUCACUGAUAAUCCACUACGACAGUGAGCCAAACCUGCUGGUACGGGCCUGUAAUCAGCUGGGCCAGUUCCUGCAGCACAGAGAGACCAACCUGCGCUACCUGGCUCUGGAGAGCAUGUGUACUCUGGCCAGCUCUGAGUUUUCCCAUGAAGCCGUCAAGACACACAUCGAGACCGUCAUCAAUGCCCUCAAGACGGAGAGGGAUGUAAGUGUUCGACAGAGGGCAGCUGAUCUGCUGUAUGCCAUGUGUGAUCGGAGCAACGCCAAGCAGAUUGUAGCCGAGAUGCUCAGCUACCUUGAGACGGCAGACUACUCCAUCAGAGAGGAGAUGGUGCUGAAAGUGGCCAUACUUGCAGAGAAGUAUGCUGUGGAUUAUUCCUGGUACGUGGACACCAUUCUUAACCUCAUCCGCAUUGCUGGAGACUAUGUCAGCGAAGAGGUGUGGUAUCGCGUCAUUCAGAUAGUCAUCAACCGAGAUGAUGUGCAGGGCUACGCCGCCAAGACAGUCUUUGAGGCCCUGCAGGCCCCUGCCUGCCAUGAGAACAUGGUGAAGGUUGGAGGCUACAUUCUGGGAGAGUUUGGUAACCUCAUUGCUGGUGACCCGCGCUCCAGUCCCCUGGUCCAGUUCAACCUUCUCCACUCCAAGUUCCAUCUGUGCUCUGUGCCGACUCGCGCCCUGCUGCUGUCAGCAUACAUCAAGUUUAUCAACCUGUUCCCAGAGACCAAGGCUACCAUCCAAGAGGUGCUGCGCUGCGACAGCCAGAUCCGCAAUUCGGAUGUGGAGUUGCAGCAGCGUGCUGUAGAGUAUCUCAAGCUCUCGUCCAUCGCUAGUACCGAUGUUCUGGCCACUGUCCUGGAGGAGAUGCCUCCCUUCCCAGAGAGGGAGUCGUCAAUCCUGGCUAAGUUGAAGAAGAAGAAGGGGCCCGGUGCUGUGUCUGUGACAGAGCUAGAAGACAGCAAAAGGGAGGGCGGGGAGUUAAAUGGAGGGGGCGACCGGGGGCCAGACACAGCAGCAAUGGCUGCCUCCAAUGCUUCCACCCCAUCACCAUCAGCAGACCUUCUCGGGAUUCGUUCUGCUGCUCCCGCCAGUGCCGCCCCAACCAGUGCUGGCAGCCUAUUGGUGGAUGUGUUCUCUGAGGCAGGUCCUGCCGCUCCUUCUGCUGCUGUGAACGACGACGGCUUCCUAAGAGAGCUGGAACAGCCCACCGAGACCUCUGACUCCCUAUUGGUGGAGGGUUCUGGUGACUCGGACUCUGCUCCUCCCUCUGAGGAUCCUGCUCCUCCCCUGUCUGAGGCAGACGAACUUCUUAACAAGUUUGUGUGCAAGAACAACGGGGUUCUGUUUGAGAAUCAGCUGCUGCAGAUUGGCAUCAAGUCAGAGUAUCGUCAGAAUCUGGGGAGAAUGUACUUAUUUUACGGUAACAAGACGUCAGUGCAGUUUGCCAGCUUCACCACCACAGUCAGCUGUCCUGGAGAGCUGCAGACUCAGCUCAACGUUCAGACCAAACCAGUGGAACCACUGGUAGAGGGUGGAGCCCAAAUCCAACAGGUCCUCAACAUAGAGUGUCUGACUGACUUCUCUGAUGCCCCGCUGCUUAACAUCAAAUUCAGAUACGGUGGAGCGCUGCAGAAUCUGACCCUGAAGCUGCCUGUCACUAUCAACAAGUUCUUCCAGCCAACUGAGAUGUCCUCACAUGACUUCUUCCAGCGCUGGAAACAGCUUAGCCAGCCUCAGCAAGAAGCACAAAAGAUAUUCAAGGCUAACCACAGCAUGGACACUGAAGUACUUAAGGCUAAGCUACUGGGACUAGGAACGGCCCUGCUGGACAACGUCGAUCCAAACCCAGAGAACUACGUGUGUGCUGGAGUGAUCCAGACUAAAGGCCAGCAGGUCGGCUGUCUGCUAAGACUGGAGCCAAAUGCCCAGGCACAGAUGUACCGGCUGACUCUCCGCUGCAGCAAGGACUCUGUGUCCAGGCGUCUCUGCGAGUUGCUGGCCCAACAGUUCUAGAGUCCAGACCUCUACCAUAACCAGAACUCCCACCAUCCCCACCAGCGACCUCUCCCUCAAGCCCUUCUGCCACACCUCUCCUCCCUCCAACAGAGAAUCUUUGAGUAAAAAAAGGUGUAAUCUACAUAAGGGAAAAAGCAGCCACUGCGAACAGCAGCGGUGAUAUUCUUGUCAUUCUUAUUGUCCCAGAUUCAGAUUCCAAUUCAUCUUCUACGUGUUUAUUAACAUGAUGCUACAUUCUUGUUUUUGUUGGUGUUUACCUGUGUAGCUGGUGCCUGCAUGGCCUGGUGUGUGUGUGUGUGUGUGUGUGUGUGUGUGUGUGUGUGUCCCAGUCCCAUGGUUGUGCUGGGGUCCCAUUCUGCUCCAUCCUGACUGUUCCAUAGUACUGUUGGUGUGUGUGUGAGAGAGAUAGAGAGGGAGGGAGAGAGAGGCUUAUUUUGGAUUGGAAUAGCAAUGGGUGACACUGUUUAUUACAGACAUACCCUGAUACACACACAUACAUACAUUGGUAUAAGGCCUCUGUGAUUUUUUGUGGUUCUGGUGGGAUCCACAAAUGAAGUGAGACCUGAGGGUCCAGAACUCUGAUCUCUGCCUCUUCUGCCUGCUCAUUUCCGUCUACCAUUCCCAGUCAAAAUGCACUUAAGGCCCUUGGAUCUUCUUUGAGACCCUCCAGCAUGAGCCACCUUACGUUCCCCCCUGAAUGACCUGAUUCCUCUCCUGAAGCCCUGUAAGGAGUAGCCUUUCAUCUCAAACAGCUAGUCCACUCGUUUAUAUUUUGAUGUGUAUGUAAACAUGUGCCAGUGUAUUCUUUAUUGCUUUCUGAGACAUUCCCAUCAUGCUUGUGUAGAGCGCCCAUGACUAACCCAAGCCAUUCAAGUAGAGGGAUAGCACAGAAUGGACACUAUGUAGGUGAUGGGUACAGGGAUGAGACUUACAGUGUUAAAACAGUCUUUUAGAUCUUGGAGUCGGUCUCAUCCAGUGCCUGGGAGACGUUUCCAGGUGCUUGUCAUUGAAAAGCUUAAGGCAGUGUCUGUUAGAUGCUCUUUAUUGGAGGUGAGGAAGUUUAUCAGAUGUACUCUUUGCAAGCCAACCGCAUAGUUCUUCAUCACUGUGGUCUUCUCAUGUAAAACUCUUUUUGAAAACACAUCUGAUAAAACAUAAAUCUAAUCUUUGUGCGGCCCAUCUGAGGAAGUUUACAAGUUCAUCAUGUUCAACGGUGGAAUCUGUUUUUUUAUUGUAAAUGUUUUCAAGCAGCAUGCUUUAGUUUGACAAGAGAGAAGAAUUCACUGCUGAUGACUCACUGUUUAUUUGGCCAAAGGGUCAAAGGGAUAGUUCAGAUUUUGCCCCCAGUUUGGAGAAGAAGGCUGAAGUCCAACACCAAAGCUAAGCAGUGUACUGCUG